AUGCUAAUUGUUUAAUAAUAUUAUUAAUAUUAAAACACAAAACUAUUUCUUUUUAGUUACAAUGAAAUACUUUAUAACUGUUUUAAUUGUUGUCACAAUUUUGACAUUCAAUGCCGUAUUGGCUCAAAGAUGUGAGAAUGGUAAAUUUGUGACUUGCGGCAGUGCAUGUGAGAGCACGUGCCAAAACCAUCGCAAUCCACCACGUGCCUGUACCCUACAAUGCGUGCGCGGUUGUGCCUGUAAUGCCGGUUAUGUCAAACUAAACUCCCGAAGCAAUCGUUGUGUGCGUCCCCGACAAUGUCCGCGACAUUAAUGUUUGGACAAUGAUUUUGAAAAAUUAAAACUCAUAUAUAAUAAAUGUGUUUUUAUUUUUUCUGUAAUUUUAAUUUGUUACUUUAAUUUGCUAAUCAUAUGUAUCGAUUUGAACA